AUGCAUUCCAGCCCAGACUCAGACUCAGAGCUCCCCUACAUCGAGCCCCCUUCCAACGAAGCUCUCAAACCCAUCCGCAAACCCCCUCCCUAUACAGGAACACCCCUCGUUCUCUUCCUCUCCGACAUUACACUCUUUUUCCAGAACUUCUUCUAUCUCCCUUACCUCUUUAUCCCCCUGUAUCCCUGGAAGUCCGGUCCAUUCUGUGAGCUUUACCCAUCUCGGGAGAACCUCAUUGACAUUACAAUCCACUAUAUUCUCUCAGUAACCCAGCUAGUUUUCGUAGUUUCUCUAUUUGCACUGGCGUUUCUCCCGAAUUUUGUGUAUAUUGGUUAUAUUGCGGUAUUCUUUGCCAUAAAUGAACUUGUUUGCUGGCAUUUUAAUAGGGGAAUUCCCCGUAGUGGGUUGAAGUCGAGUGAGGAUGGGUUUACGAGGGCCUGGCCUCGUCAUGACGAUGAGGCUUGGAUAUUCCUCAACGGUAUUUGUGUUGGUAAGAAUUGGUUCCAGAAAAACAUCGACCGGAUCUCGCGCACAUUUCAUCGGCCGGUAGUUGGUAUUCACAACCGAACUGCCGGCGUUGUCUUUGACCUCAUCCAAUGCCUUAUCCAACGCGCCCUCCUCUACGCAACCCAGGACGUACGCGAAUGCUACAUCCUCGUUAAAAACGCUCUUCUCGACGACCACAAGAAGAAAGUAAUAUUCAUACUCCACUCCCAAGGUGGAAUAGAAGGCGGCAUGAUAAUCGACUGGCUUCUCGACGAAAUGCCCCUCGACAAACUUCAGAAGCUCGAAGUCUACACUUUCGGCAACCUCGCCAACCACUUUAGCAACCCCUACCGCGGCAACGACACAAAGUCUCCCGUUAUUCCUCACAUUGAACAUUAUGUGAAUGAGAAGGAUUUUGCUUGUCGUUUUGGGGUUCUCAACUUUACGAGGCAUUAUACGCAGAAUGAGAAUAAGUUUGCGGGCAAGGUUUUUAUUAACAGAGGAGGGGGACAUCAGCUGAAUCAGCAUUAUCUUGAUGAUAUGUUUCCUUUGGAUGAGACACUUCAGAGGGCGAGAGAUGCUACAGCGGGAGACUUUAUGCAUAGAAGAGUUCGGGUGAGAAAGGAUGGCACUGUGAAAAUGACCACCAAGGCGGAACUGCCCCCGGGUUUUAUCGUCACCGAAGAUGAGGGGUCCAAGAAUGGGAUUAUGAAGCCAGAUGAAGUUCCCAGGAUGGGAGAUCUGAGUAGACUGUGGAAAUAUCGGAAUGGUCAGUUGCCAGACUCAUUCAAGAGUGUCUUGGCCGAUGGUCUGUAG